AUGUGUCAUCAGAAGCUAACCAUCUCCUGGUUUGCCGUGGUUUUGCUGGCAUCUCCACUCAUGGCCAUUUGGGAGCUGGAGAAAGAUGUUUAUGUUGUAGAGGUGGACUGGAGCCCUGGUGCCCCUGGAGAAAGCGUGGCCCUCACCUGUGACACUCCUGAAGAAGAUGAUAUCACCUGGACCUCAGACCAGAGAAUUGAUUUUAAAGAGUCUGGAAAGACCGUGACCUUCGAAGUCAAAGAAUUUACACAUGCCGGUCAAUACACCUGCCACAAAGGAGGCGAGACUCUGAGCCACUCACGACUCCUGCUCCACAAGAAAGAAAAUGGGAUUUGGUCCACUGACAUUUUAAAGGAGCAGAAAAAUUCCAAAAAUAAGACGUUCCUGAAAUGCGAGGCACCAAAUUACUCUGGGCGGUUCACCUGCUCCUGGCUGGUGGAAAGAACCGACCUGAAGUUCAGCAUCAGGAGCGGUAGUAGCUCCCCUGACUCCAGAGCAGUGACAUGUGGAGCAGCAUCUCUGUCUUCAGAGAAGGUCAGAGUGGAUGAGCAGGACUACGAGCAGUACUCGGUGUCAUGCCAGGAGGACGUCACCUGCCCCACUGCCGAGGAGACCCUGCCCAUUGAACUGGUGCUGGAUGCGCAGGAGCAGAAUAAAUAUGAGAACUACAGCACCAGCUUCUUCAUCAGGGACAUCAUCAAACCGGAUCCGCCCAAGAACGUGCAGGUGAAGCCUUUGAAGAACGAUGCGGUAGAGGUCAGCUGGGAGUACCCUGACUCGUGGAGCACUCCCCAUUCCUACUUCUCCCUCAAGUUCUUUGUUCAGAUCCAGUGCAAUAAAGAAAAGACUAAGAAGAAGAGGAAGAAGACUGAGGUGGAGAGUGAGAGGAAGUGUAAACAGAAAGAGCCAUUCCUAGUAGACAAGACCUCUGCCACAGUUGAAUGCAAAGGUGCGAAAGUCUGCGUGCAAGCUCAGGAUCGCUACUACAAUUCGUCAUUCAGUAAAUGGGAGUGUGUACCCUGCAAGUAG